AUGUGGGCAUCGCUGGCAAGGGUCAGCGUCAACUCGGGGGGCCGAGCUCCGCUCCCUGAGGUGUCUCACUACAGGCUGUUUCCAAAGUCACUGGGACAAGUAAUCUCCAAGUUCUCAGUUCGUGAGCUGCACCUCUCCUUCACUCAUGGUUUCUGGAGGCGGUCACGGUGGGGGCAACCUUUCCUGCAGGCCCCGCCUGGAGCAGAGCUUUGGGUCUGGUUCCAGUCGUCAGUGUCAGAUGUUGACACCACCUGGAAGGAGCUGACUAAUGUUCUGUCAGGUUUGUUCUGUGCAUCUCUUAACUUCAUUGACUCAACAAACACAGUUAUUCCAACAGCUUCUUUUAAACCUCUUGGCAUCAUUAAUGAAACAGACCAUAAAUUCCUCAGGUAUGCAGCAUUGCCGAGAGAAAUCGUUUGCACUGAAAAUCUUACUCCAUGGAAAAAACUUCUACCCUGUGGUUCAAAGGCAGGAUUGGCAGUACUGCUGAAAGCUGAACGAUUGUUUCACACCAGCUAUCAUUCACAAGCUGUCCACGUCAGACCCAUUUGUAGGAAUGAACUGUGUACCAGUACCUCCUGGGAGCUGACCCAGAGUCUGUCUGUCGUCUUUGACCUCUAUGCCUCUGGCUCUGGUAAACGAGAGUGGUCACUGUUUAAGAUGUUUUCACGGACCUUGACAGAGGUGUGCCCUUUAGCAUCGCAAAGUACUAUUUAUGUGGACAUCACGGACAGAGAUAAGAUUAAUGACACCCAAGAGUUGAUGCCACCAGCACCCUCUGUGCUUAACACAACGGUGCACGGGAAAUGGAGAUCCUAUGCUGUGUACAACCUACUGAACCCUCAUCUUUACAGUGCAUCAUCACACUCCUUAAACAUAGCAUUAAAAUGGAAAUUGUCCAAGCAGUUUGCGAUACCUGAAGUGCCUGUAUUUAACGCAAAGAGAUAUGUGAGUGGCUUUGGCCUCCAAACAGGUAAAAUCAACACACUGAUCUACAAUUAUCACCCAUACCGGGCAUUCCCAGUGCUGCUGAUGGAGAUUGUGCCCUGGUACCUUCGACUCUACAUCCACACACUCACCAUUACCACCAAGGGCAAAGACAAUAAACCAAGUUAUAUCCAUUACCAGCCAGCCAAAGACCGAGAAUGCCCUCAUCUAUUGGAAAUGCUGAUUCAGCUGCCUGCUAAAUCUGUCACCAAGAUUGGCAUCGAGUUUGAGAGAGCACUGUUGAAGUGGACCGAGUACCCCCCUGAUCCCAACCAUGGCUUCUAUGUGGGCUCCUCUGUGCUGAGUGCUAUGGUGCCGAGCAGAAUAAAUGUGGAAAUGAACACCACUAAGGUCACACCUCUUCUCACCAGGCUGUUUCCAUCUGUCGAUGCCUCAGUUUACUUUGUCAGGCUGUACACUGAGGCCUUGCUGGUGAAUUUGCCCACACCUGAUUUCAGCAUGCCCUACAAUGUCAUCUGCCUCACCUGCACUGUGGUGGCAGUUGGUUAUGGCUCCUUCUACAAUCUCCUCACAAGGACCUUCCAGAUCGUGGAACCCAGUGGUGGGGUAGCAAAGAAGAUUGCUAACGUGAUUCGCAGAUUGCGUGGAGUCCCACCCAUCUGAAAUUGUUGUGUUUACUGAGACGGGGACUGGAGAAACCCACGACCAAACUAGUGUCUGCUCCUGAGCUGGUUGAACUGUCUUUUAAUGGUGGUUUUUUACUGGUCUUUUAAGUUUGGAUGAAUUAGGAGCUGAUGAUCCUCUCCAGCCCGAUUUGAUGUUGCCUGAACUUGCGGACUGGGAUCUGGAAAUCUUUGACAUGCUGUGCAACCUACUGUAUAAAACAGGUCGGCCUGUUUGUUAUAAAGUGUAGGCGAAGCCUGUUGAAGAUUAGUAGUAUGUGGGUGAAGGACAGAAUUACCUUUUUGUCUGGUGACAGGGAAAGCAAAAGCCACUGCACAGUGGUAAGCUGGGAUGUGUGGUGUACUUGUAUUGCUGGGAGUGACAUUAAUCUGGUGUUAUGUUAAAAGGCUUAAACCUCUUGUAUGUACCAACCAUCUUAACUCCAUUCAUUCGUUUUAAGAGUCAGAUUUGCAAAUGAAUGUCACUGGUGUGUGAUAAAUCUUGACCCGUCACUUCCUGCACAACCUUGUCCCCCUGCUGCUAGCCCGGCUGUUUUGUCCUAUUGGCCUGCAUCUGAUUUGAAUUAAUGACUGGGCAUCCUGAUAGCAAACACCUCCACAGAGCCGUUUGGUCAGUCACACUGUAACAGAGGGCUCUGGCCUCUUGAUCUCACUACUGUGAGCUUGCAACAGGCAUUCGUCUUAAAGCAACAGUUGCCUUUGGUGAGUCCUUUUUAAAAAAUGACUAUGACAACGACAAAAUUUUUAAGAUUGGAUUGAAUUCUUUUACCAACACCAAACUCCUGAAAAGGUUAACCAGCUUAAAUUUCCCAUUUGAUGAGUAGCAUAUCUAAAGCUCCAUUUCACUGUCCAAUCUCCAUCUGGAGCAUGGCUCCCAUUCCAGUCUAUAACCCUGACUUUCACCUCUGAACUACACCAACUUCAGUACUGAGACCACAGCUUCUUUUCACCUUCAAUUCCCAAUCCUUAUCCUUUCUGAUCACUUCUUGCAUCUUGUGAUGGACUCCAGAUUUCAUUUCAAAUCUUCAUUUCUCUGGCUUUAUAUAACUGUCUCCAUGCCCAGCAACAAGCUCCUGGUGAGGAGCUUAUUCUCCAGGUCCAAUCUCUUGUUCCAAGGAAUUCAAUCUCCGUUUUUCUAAUCUCAGGCUCCUAUUUUCAAACUACAAUGAUGUAAGUUCUGGAGUGAUGUGAAAUUUUAUCUUUAAAAUAGUGGUUGUUGAGAUCUGACAUGUAUUACAGUUCUGCAGGAAAGGUUAUAAUCUCUCAUUGAAGGUACUGUAAUUUCUAUCAUUAAGUAUCUUUUGUUCUAUGGUGAGCAACUGGAUUUGAGAUGAAUGUCAUCAACAGGCACACGUGUAUCCCUAAAAUCUCUCCAUUAUGAUGAGUUAAUGCAUAAAUAAAAUUUGUCUGCCCACA